AUGGAUAAUCUGAAAAACAAAGGCACUGCGUUGGAUUUGGGACUCUCCAUUUUGCUUUGCUGCGUUGUUGCUGCGGUCAGCGGACAAAUUCGUUAUUCUAUACCAGAAGAGAUGAGAAAAGGACUGUUUGUGGGAGACGUUGCUAAAGACCUGGGCUUGGAUGUGAGAAGGUUGGUGUCUGGUCGGGCUCGACUAGUUAUAGACGAUGAUAACCAGUAUGUCGCGCUGAACCAGAACAAAGGACAUAUAGUCGUCAAUGAAAGAAUUGACAGAGAAAAAUUAUGCGCCAAGAAAUCUCCUUGCAGCUUUAGUCUAGAAAUCGUUCUCGAAGAUCCGCUCGAAUUGUUUUCCAUAACCAUCGAAAUACAAGAUGUGAAUGAUCAUGCGCCGGCUUUUCUCAAAAAGGAAAUUCAUUUGGAAAUUAGCGAAUCGACCCCCACUGGGACUGUAUUCUUGCUCGAUAGUGCAGCUGAUCCUGAUGUAGGAAUUAACUCACUGCAGAGUUACUCUUUGAAAGCAAAUGAACAUUUUGUUCUCAAGCAACACACUCGGACAGACGGGAGUAAAUACGCCGAAAUGAUGCUUCAGAGCGGUUUAGAUCGCGAGAAGCAAAGCGAGCAUACGCUGAUAUUAACGGCUGUGGAUGGUGGGGAACCGCAGAGGUCGGGAACAGUGAGAAUUCAUGUGUCUGUUUUGGACGCAAACGACAACGCACCCGUUUUUACGCAGUCUGUAUACAAAGCCUCUGUCUUGGAAAAUGUUUUGCGAGGGACAGUUGUUGCUAGAGUCAGUGCAGUAGACGCAGAUCAAGGCUAUAAUGGAAACGUUACGUAUUCUUUCACCCACCUAGAGGAGGAUUCCUCCUGUCCUUUUGAAAUAAAUUCGUACACGGGAGAGAUUAAACUCACCGGUGCCAUAGAUUACGAGGUUUCUCCAAAUUACGAACUUAACCUUCAAGCAAAGGAUCCAUGGGGUGUUGCAGGCGCCAGCAAAUUAAUUAUAGAGAUAGUAGAUGUGAAUGACAACAGCCCAGUCAUUACAAUGGCUUCAUUCUCAGGGAAGAUUUCAGAGGAUUCUCCUCCUGGAACAGUUGUGGGGCUUAUAAGCGUCCAAGAUAAAGAUUCAGGGAAAAAUGGACAGGUGCAUUUAACAAUAGAUGAAAAUCUCCCAUUUAAAAUUAAAUCUUCUCUCAGGAACUAUUAUACAUUGGUCACGGAGCAAAACCUCGACCGAGAGAAGCGUUCCAAGUAUAACAUCACUUUGACUGCCACCGAUGAGGGAGUCCCUGCCUUAUCAAGCAGAAAAGCAGUGGGUUUAGAAGUAACUGAUAUUAACGACAACGCUCCAGCUUUUAACCAAAGUGUUUACUACACUCAGGUGAUGGAAAACAAUCCCCCGGGUGUCGCUCUGUUGCAGAUCCACGCGAGUGAUCCAGAUCAGGGACAGAAUGCGCGCAUUUCGUAUUUUCUUAUUGACGACGAGGUUAAUGGAAAUCCGACCUCCAUGUAUUUCUCUAUUAACACAGAAAGUGGAAUCAUUCAGUCUUUGCGUUCACUUGACUAUGAACAACGCAAAGAGUACAAAAUACGAGUGAAAGCGCAGGAUGGAGGCUCACCACCGCAAAGUAGUAACACAUCAGUUACUGUGCGUGUCCUGGACCAGAACGACAACCCUCCU